ACUAAGUUCAGAUUGCGGUGGGUGCCGGUCGUUACGCUCUGCACCACUACCCAAUUGCGACCGACGCAUUCCAUCCUGUGCAAAAUUAUCUAGUAACCAACAGCUCUGCCACAUUUCAAAGCACGCACAUAUCUGUGCUAUCAGAGUAGCGAGAAUGGCGCAGACGGUCAACAUCUCGGGUUACACCAUCGGCUGGACCGACCCUUUCAUCCUCCAGUAUGACUGGGCAAGGACUGUCUUUCUCGAGAGAUCAGAUGAACGCACCCGCGACUGGCCGCUGCUAUCCAACCCCAUCCCCGUGACCGUGCUCACCCUGGCAUGGCUCGUUUUCGUGCUAAAACUCGGCCCGGCCAUGAUGAAAAACCGCAAGCCGUUCACGCUGCGACGGCUCAUUUUGGGCAUCAACGUCCUCCAAGUCAUCCUCAACGCAUGGGUCACGUACGAGUUUCUCGCGGUAGGAUGGCUGGCCCACUACAAUUUCUGGUGCCAGGAAUGCGAAUAUGUGCGCACGCCAGAAUCCAUGAGGAUGGCCCGGGCGUGCUACGUUUACUUUGCACUCAAGCUCUUUGAUAUGAUCGACACUGUGAUUUACGUUUUGAGGAACAAACCGAACCAAGUGACUUUCCUCCACUUGUACCACCACGUCUCCACCCUCCUGCUCGCGUGGGUCGUCGCCACUUACGCGCCCGGCGGUCACGGAACUUUCGUGCAGCUUUUGAACACGAUCGUGCACGUCAUCAUGUACACCUACUACAUGAUCGCCGGUCUCGGUCCAAGAUUCCAAAGGUUUUUGUGGUGGAAGAGGUACCUGACUAGGAUUCAGCUGUUCCAGUUUGUCCUGCAAUUCGCGCACAACGUGAACGCGCUGCGCAUCGGGUGUAAAUACUCAAACGUGAUAAUCGCUAUGUUCCUGCCGAUAAUUGUGGGCACCUUCAGUCUGUUUAUGAACUUCUACAUCAAGAGCUACUUGAAGAGAGCGGAUCAGAAGAAGAAGCAAAAGUAGGCGAGAGAACAAAAGGCGCUUACUCACUCAUUGUCAGUAGCAAAACACUCACUUCCAGCAUCUCGAAGCACCAUUUUUUUAGCUAUUAUUUAUGAAAAUUACUCACUUCAUAUGAAGUCAUGUGGAAUAAAAAAUUACGGCCGUCGUUGCGGCUUAUUAAUUAUCACGCAA